UUACAUAUAAAUUCAAUGUUAUAAACUCAUAUAACUAUUGGUACCAAAAUGUAUCCGUGUGUUCAAUUCAUAGAUCACUUGAGCUGCCUUAAAAUCCAUCGAUUACUGAAUAUUUUCUAUAAUAAUCAGUGCUACAAAAUGGACAGUAGACCAUGGAUAUCGGCAAUCAUAUUCUUAGUUGCUAUGCGGACAGUAAACGUACAAUUUGCGAUGCCCAUGCCAAUGUUUCAACCAGCUCCACCUCCACCGCCCAUGGUCAUGAUGGCGCCACCGCCGCCACCCGUACCAGUCCCAGUACCCUACCCUGUCCCAGUCCCUGUUAUAGUGACGAGGAGAACCACUACUACUACCACGACAACCGAAGCACCGAAUGACGGUGAUGAGAAGUGUGCAAUUGCAUUUCCUUUACCUUUUGGAUUUCCCAUGCCUUUCAUGUUACCACAAGCGCCUCCUCCAAGCUUCUGCGCUGACAAACCGAGGCCAAAGCAAUGUCCUCCCUGUCCACCGUGCAUUUGCGCUCCAAGCUGUACACCUGCGUUUUACUCGUUUUGCUCUCCGUGUCAUCAGAGGUGCAGAUGUAAAAGUAAUGGCGAUACUCCGAGGCCUGAGCCUCCUAGACCACCGCCACCCAUUCCUAUGGUACCAGCACCCAUGCCCAUGGUACCCGCACCCAUGCCUAUGUAUCCUAUGCUACCUCCCGCUCCAGGUCCUGUUUUCAUCUUCCCCUUGCCACCUUUCAGACGUCCGCCGCGAAGAGUACCCAUUGAUUCGAAGAGCUCGAGCGAAACUAGUGAUUCUUCAUAUUCUUUACAUUCUUCAGACAUUUCCUCCGACACAAAUACUGAUUCUGACGAAUAUUGGCAUCGCAGAACAAACCGAAAAAUCAAAAAAAGCAAAAGACACUCAAGUAACUACCGAAAGAACGCUAGAAGUUUUGAAACGAGUGAUGAUACAGGGACAGUUGUAGAUAAAACGAAGCUUGUAAAACCGAUGUUAUCCUACAUAAGCAAGCAAGGUAAAGUGAAGUUUCAGAAAAAGAUUAGCGAGAAUGAUGCUGCGCAUUUGAUGGGGACGGAAACAGAUAGAUCAAAAAGCGUUGAAUAUCCUAAAACGAAGCUUGUAAAACCGAUGAUAUCCUACAUAAGCAAGCAAGGUAAAGUGAAGUUUCAGAAAAAGAUUAGCGAGAAUGAUGCUGCGCAUUUGAUGGGGAUGGAGACAGAUAGAUCAAAAAGCGUUGAAUAUCCUAAAAGUGGUCGAAGAUCUGCGGUCGGUGGGAAAGAUAGUAGAACUGUCAUAUUCAGUCCGCCGCCAAACAAGAAAAUUACUAACCUUACAGUAUCUUUUGAUGUUGUUCAAUAAUUACAAUAUUUUAUAGAAGAUAAGUGUUGGAAUUGAACCGACCAAGUGCGUUUUUAGUAUUGCGAUAUAAACAGGUAAUAAAAUCAAGUUUCUCUUCUUGUUUGUAAAUGUUAUACUUUUAUAUUUAUAUAAAUUAAUUUUUAUUAUUAUU